AUCUGGAUAACCCAGUUAUCCUGGUAAACUUCUCCGCAAGGCAGAAACCUUAUCUUUUGUCCCAAUCAAAACCUGGCGCUCCAACACUCGCCCCCACCUUGACUCCACAAACGGUAAGAGCGGAAACUGAAGGGACUCUGCCGAAGUAACGGGAAAAUCUCGUCUAAACAUGAAGAUCUGAUGCCGCCCCAGGUACACAGCGCCUAGGGCACAACAUUCAGUCCGGUGAAUCGGAGGCAGGCUGAAAGCGAGGGAAAAGUAAACACGUCCUCUAGGUUUAGGGGAAGGCUAACAGCAGUGCCAGGAAAACCGAAAGCGCAUAGGGCUCUGAACAGUGCCCACGGGUCGAACUCCACGCUCCCUUUUAACCCCUUCCCCACCUCAGUGCCCACUAUCCGCACCCGAGGGAUCAGCCACCCACCGAUCCAGAAGAACAAGCGUCUCGCCCUCUAUCCUCUCGUCCUCACCCGAGCGGCUAGUCUUGCCUUUCUCCUCCCGCUUCGUCCAGUGCCCGUCCCGGGGGGCAGGCGUCCGGCGCUCUCGCCCCACCCUUCUCCACGCCGCCCCGGGGCCGCGCCCGCUCUCCCCGCGGCCUGAGGGCGCUGGACGGCGGCCACCCGCAGGUUUGGCAAAGUUGGCGGCGGGGCAGGCGCGUGGAGCAGCGCGCCAGUCGGGACCCCGGCCGUGCGGGGCAGGCGCCCAUUGGCCGGCCAGCGCCACGUGGCCACCCCCGCUGCUAUAUUAGGCCACUAUUUACCUCCGGCCCGCUCGCCAUGGCUCGGCGAAGGCAGUUCGGGUAGAGAGGAAAGGCGGAACGGCGCAGCCCGCGGCGGUCCUGCCCGGCCCCGCGCUCGGGCCCCCGCUCAGGCGGGUGGGCCGGAACCAUGAGCUCCUACCUGGAGUACGUGUCGUGCGGCAGCGGCGGGGGCGGCGGCGACGCGCUCAGCUUCGCGCCCAAGUUCUGCCGCGCCGACGCCCGGCCCGUGGCCCUGCAGCCCGCCUUCCCCUUGGGCAGCGGCGACGGCGCCUUCGUCAGCUGCCUGCCCCUGGCCGCCGCCCGACCUGCGCCUUUGCCCCCGGCCACCCCCGCGCCACCCCCCGCGCCGCCCUCGGCCGCGCCCUCCUACGCGCCGUGCACCCUGGAGGGCGCCUACGAGCCGGGGGCCGCACCUGCCGCGGCAGGGGGCGCGGACUACGGCUUCCUGGGGCCGGGGCCGGCGUACGACUUCCCGUGCGCGCUCGGGCGGCCGGCCGACGACGGCGGGGCGCACGUCCACUACGCCACCUCAGCCGUCUUCUCGGGCAGUGGCUCCUUUCUCCUCAGCGGUCAGGUGGAUUACGCGGCUUUCGGCGAGCCCGGCCCCUUGCCGGAGUGUCUGAAAGAGCCAGCCGACGGCCACCCUGGAACCUUCCAGACCGCGUCCCCGGCCCCUGGCGCCUACCCCAAGUCUGCGUCGCCGGCCUCCGGCCUCCCCGCCGCCUUCAGCACCUUCGAGUGGAUGAAAGUGAAGAGGAACGCCCCUAAGAAAAGCAAACUCGCCGAGUAUGGAGCCGCUAGCCCCUCCAGCGCGAUCCGCACGAAUUUCAGCACCAAGCAACUGACAGAACUGGAGAAGGAGUUUCAUUUCAAUAAGUACUUAACUCGAGCCCGACGCAUCGAGAUAGCCAACUCCUUGCAGCUGAAUGAUACGCAAGUCAAAAUCUGGUUCCAGAACCGCAGGAUGAAACAGAAGAAAAGAGAACGAGAAGGGCUUCUCCCCUCGGCCACCCCUGUGGCUUCCCUCCAACUCCCCCUCUCAGGAACGAGCACCACCAAGUCUGACAAGAGCCCAGGGAGCCCUUCUCAGGCCCAAGAGCCGUCAUGAGGUUUAGUCUUGGGGCUGAGAAACCUUGGCCUGCAGAAGUCAUAGGUCACCUUCCCCCUGUCUAGACUUACUAGCUCAGUUUGGGAUAGAGGUUUCACUUGGGAAGCGAAGUAUCCUAGUCGGCUUCUGAGUUCUAGGCUGUAGGUGUACAGAUACCAAUUUGAGGUCUCAUAAGCCACUCGUUUGUGUUUUAUUUGUGUCUUAUCAGGGAAAAGGUGCCCAGCUGCCAGCCCAGCCCUGCUGCUAUGUCGCCUCACUUAGUCAUAUGCAAUUCUUGGGUGCCGAGUGGCAGAGUUGCUGAUCUCUGACAACCCCUGAUGUACUCAGAAGAACAUCUACCCAAAGUUUUCCAGAUUUUAAUUUAAAGGACGGGCUACAUGUAUUCAGCUUGAGAUGACCAAAGCUAGUUAGGGCCUCCUUGAUGUAGCUAAGCUGCUUCAAAGAUGAUCUUCACAUUUGCACUCCAGUUUUGUUGUUUUUUUCUUUAAAAAGCAGUUUCUACCUCUUCAUGUGCCUGAGUGAAGAUACAAUCGCUGUUUAGUUAGUAGCUGAACAAAUCCACAGGGUGGGUGAAGAUUCGAACCUGAACUACACCUUGACACCAACUACUCAGACUUGAAUGUAAAUAUAUACAGUAUGUAUAUUUUUUAAAAUGUUUGCUUGCAAUGAACUUCUCCAUGGCAUUGAAUGUCAUAGCAUGUAAAGAGUUCGAACUUUUUUUUUGUAAUAAAAAUUACAGAAUCUGCUA